AAUACAAACUAGGGAAACAAUUGUGAAUUAUGAAAAUUGCACGUUAUAUGUAAAACGUAUAUUAUAAAUAAAAAAAUAUUUUCAAAGUUUGAUGUUUGUAUAAACAACAUAUGACCAUAAAUCAGUGUAGUUUUAAUAACGUUAUAAGUGAGAAUUGCAAUUAUGAAUGAGAAGUGUGACUCUGUUGUGAUAGUUAAAGCAAAAUCACUUCGCAAAAUAUUUAAAGCUCCAGUUAAAGUAAAUAAAAUUCCAGAAGCAAUUUUAAACGAUCCACUACUAAAUGCAGCUAUUGCUGCAUUACCUUCUAAUUACAAUUUUGAAAUCCACAAAUCAAUAUGGAGAAUCAAAGAGGCACAAGCUAAUCGAGUUGCAUUACAAAUGCCUGAAGGACUUUUAAUGUAUGCUACAACUAUAGCCGAUAUUAUAGAAGAUUUUACAGGUGCAGAAACAGUUAUAAUGGCAGAUGUAACUUACGGAGCAUGUUGUAUAGAUGAUUAUAGUGCAAAAGCACUAGAUGCAGAUUUUUUGAUCCAUUAUGGACAUUCUUGUUUAAUACCUAUUGAUCAAACAGUUGGCAUCAAAGUACUUUAUGUAUUUGUUAAUAUAAAAAUUGAUACAUCACAUUGCAUCGAGUGUUUACAAGCUACGCUACCUGUUACUAGAAAAAUAGCUCUUGUAAGUACAAUCCAAUUUGCUGGUACUUUACAAGCAAUCGCGUUAGAAAUGAAGAAAAGUGGAUAUGAUGUGUCUACUCCACAAAGUAAACCAUUAAGCCCUGGGGAGAUUUUAGGCUGCACAGCACCACAAAUUCGAUGUGCUGAUUCAAUUAUUUAUGUGGGAGAUGGUCGAUUUCAUUUAGAAGCUGCAAUGAUCGCUAAUCCAAAAUUACAAGCAUUCAGAUAUGAUCCCUAUGAGAAAAAACUAACUGAAGAAUUUUAUAAUCAUGAGAAAAUGUUAGAUAAUAGAUUAAUGGCUAUUAAACAUGCAAAAGAAACUGGUAGGUUUGGACUGAUACUUGGUACUUUGGGAAGACAAGGAAGUAUCAAUGUUUUAAAAAAUUUGGAAAAUAAAAUUAAAUCAUUAGGAAAGGAAAAUGUUAUUAUAUUACUCUCAGAAAUAUUCCCAGAUAAAAUUAAACUAUUUAAGGGCGUUGAUGCCUUUAUACAGGUUGCAUGCCCACGAUUGAGUAUAGAUUGGGGUACAGCUUUUGAUAAACCAUUCCUUACACCAUAUGAGGGAGCUGUUACUUUAAACAUGGUAAACUUUAACACUGAUAAACCGUAUCCUAUGGACUUCUAUGCCUCAGCUAGCCUUGGAUCAUGGACUCCUAACCAUAAGGAAUCUGAUUUAGAAAAACAAACUGAUACUUGUUGUGGUAAAUGUAAAGAUAAAACAUGA